AUGAACCUUUCGGACGUUGUGCUGGAAACACCGUUGAUCAUGGAGAAAUCCGCUUUCACAUCGACGGCAAUACUAUUCCUCCGGCGAGAUAAUAGUCGAGAGGAAUGCAGCCUUACGGUGCGCACCACCGAGGACUGUUUUCAACCGAACUACGAUCGCAUCAAGCUUAAGCGCCUGUCAUAUCCGAAUUUAUUUCUUUGCGUUAUUUGCCGCUGCGAUAUCAAGUACAAUAGCCAGAAAAGGAUUCUCAAGUGUGAGCACGCAUUCCACAUCAAGUGUAUCAAACAGUGGAUUUUGAUGCAAAACGUGUGUCCGAUAUGUAUGACCACACCCUAGGCUAAAUGAUUCGAAAUCUGGUAAUAAAAAGCUUAAUUGCUGACCGUUGGAAC